AUUUCCCUUUCAUUUCUCCUUCGCAAACUAAAGGCAAGGGUAAGUUCGCGCUCCCUGCUUAUCCAGUGAACAUAAAGCAAGCCAAUUGAACAAAGAGAGAGAAAUUAAACAUCCAACCAUGGACCUUAUCAUUUCUUGCACCUUCUGCUCCACUCUCCACUGCAAACCGGCGAGUCUCCGGCAACUUUUAUCUACUAACUAUACUAACCAUAAUUCUACUUCCGUAAAAUGCCGCCUCAAAACGACAUCAGAGCUCCAAACGCCGGUGGGAGUUACCGGUGGAUCUGGUUAUCAGUCUCCCUCAAUUCCCAUCCAUAAAGUCACUGUUCGUGACAGGCAACGAGGACUCGUUCAUGAAUUUCUCGUUCCAGAGGAUCAAUAUAUAUUGCAUACCGCUGAAUCACAGAACAUAUCACUUCCAUUUGCUUGCAGGCACGGUUGUUGCACUAGCUGUGCUGUACGUGUGAAAUCUGGACAGAUUAGACAGCCUGAAGCACUAGGGAUAUCUGCAGAAUUGAAAUCAAAGGGGUAUGCGCUUCUUUGCGUAGGUUUCCCAUCUUCUGAUCUCGAAGUAGAAACACAAGAUGAGGAUGAGGUGUAUUGGCUUCAGUUUGGAAGAUAUUUUGCCCGAGGACCAAUUGAAAGGGAUGACUAUGCACUGGAGUUGGCCAUGGGUGAUGAAUAAGCAAUUUGUCAAAUGGAACUAAAAGUGAGGAUCUACCUACUCUAGCAUCCGGAACGUUUUUUUUCCCAUCCCUUUUCUCUUCAUUUUGAUUUUUGAUCCUUCUUCUAUGUGAUGAAUGAUGAUUAUCGCUCAGAAUUCUCUGUAUGCUAUAAAUGAUUGACCAGAAGAUCAAGUGUUGCUGUAAGAUAUGUAGUAUCCUUUCGGUGUGUAUUCUAUCUGUGCGUUAGUAAUGUUCAUUACUUGUGGGCAUUUAUGUCUUCUACAUUCCAACAACAGCCAAUAUCAGAAUAUCUAGAUAUGUAGUUUCUUAGUGUC